GCGUCACUGGCGUCACUGCUGGCGCGAUCAGACCUCGUGGUCACUCGCAGGGUGGAGUGGGGCAACGUGCUGCUGGGGUACGAGCAGAGCAACCAAUAUGCUAUAGUGGAUGCGCACACAGGCGAGCACGUGGGGUCCAUUGUGGAGAGCAGCAACUGGCUCAUGCGACAGUUCCUGAGGGCGCAUCGGCCCUUCACAGCAUCCAUCCACGACGCACACGGCACGCUCCUGCUCACCGUGCGGCGGCCCAUGUUUCUCAUUACCAGCACUAUCUAUGUGGAUCUGCCUGGUCAGAAGGGCAUAGGGCAGGUGCACAGGAGGUGGCACCUGUGGAAGCGAGUCUACGAUGCGUACCUGCACAAGCAGCAGUUUGCGAGGGUGGUUAACCCUGGCUUUUGGUGGUGGUCUUUCGCGCUGUGCGACGGGGAGGGGCAGAGGCUAGCAGAGAUCACGCGCAACUGGCGAGGGCUGGGCUUUGAGGUGUUCACAGAUGCGGGGCAGUACGUGGUGCGAUUCGGAUCCGUGCGGCACUGGCAGCAGCAGCAGUGGGAGAAGCAGGAGCAGCGGGAACGGGAGGGCAGGGAGUGCAAGGAGGAGAAGGCACAGCAGUAUCAUCAGCCAUGGUUCUCAACAGGCGAUGAGGGUCCCGUGCUCUCGGUGGCACGCCCACUCUCACUGCUGGAGCGAGCCGUGUGUUUGGCGCUGGCCGUCUCACUCGACAACGACUACUUCUCCCGCCACAGCCAUUCAGGCGGGAUGUUCUCCUUCUUACCUUUCAUCGGCUCGGAAGACUCCAUUUAG